AUGGACAACGAUGAUGAGCAGGAGCUGCCUCCACCUGCGAACCCUGGACUGGCCACGGACCAGAACAAGAACAGUGGAGGACAGCACCGCAUCUUCGACCUGCAAGCCUGGUUCAGCUGUGCGAUGGAUCAAUUGGGAGAUGUUGAUGUGGCCAAGAGCAUGGACAAGGCUGUCAAGAACAUCUCUGGUGUGUUCCACUUUGAGUUUAGCGCGGCGCGCCCGGGCGUGGUCCGUCUGAACGCCACAAGCAGCAGCGACCCGGUCGACAUCAACCUGCGAUGCAAUGACGAUGACCCCGCGCCCAACUUGGGUGCCGAUCUCAACAUGGACGGCCUCUUGCUGGAAGCAAAGGCUCUGUCCGAGGUGCCGUUCAUCCACAAUGACAUGAGGGAUGGCUAUCUGGCGGCCCACAUUGCGAACAAGUACAAGGGUUCCGAAGGAGAGUUUUUGACAGAGUUUCUCAGCGAUGGCACGACCCAGCAGCCUAUUUGA